UUGUCCUUUGUAGAAUGAAGACCAUUCUCAGCAACCAGACCGUUGACAUCCCCGAGCAAGUCAGUGUUUCACUGAAGGGCCGGACAGUCAUUGUAAAGGGCCCCAGAGGAACCUUGCGAAGGGAUUUUAACCACAUCAAUGUGGAACUGUCCCUCUUGGGAAAGAAACACAAGAAGCUGCGUGUUGACAAGUGGUGGGGUAACAGAAAGGAGCUGGCAACAGUUCGCACAAUUUGCAGCCAUGUACAGAACAUGAUAAAGGGUGUCACACUGGGCUUUCGUUACAAGAUGAGGUCAGUGUAUGCUCACUUCCCAAUCAACGUAGUUAUACAGGAUAAUGGCUCACUUGUGGAAAUCCGAAACUUCUUGGGAGAGAAGUACAUACGCAGAGUGCGUAUGAGGCCAGGUGUUUCCUGUGCAGUAUCUCAAGCCCAGAAAGAUGAGCUGAUCCUUGAAGGGAAUGACAUUGAAUUGGUCUCCAAUUCAGCUGCCUUGAUCCAGCAAGCCACUACGGUCAAGAACAAGGAUAUCAGGAAAUUCUUGGAUGGUAUCUAUGUCUCUGAGAAAGGAACAGUACAGCAGGCAGAUGAGUAGAACUCGUUAAUAGUUGUCUGGAUCCUGAAA